AUGUUUAGGAAUUUAUAUAAUAUCUCAAUAUAUGCAAAGAAUAACAGGAAAUUCUCCAAACGACUAUUGUACCUCAUCAAGACUAAGCAAGAUAUCCAUAGCCUAACAGGUGCUAAAGUUGGAUUGGGUAAGAAAUGGGACAAAGUAUUUACUAAGGAAGCUUAUCGAUCUAUUACUAAAAUGUGGAUGAAACGAAAUCAUUUUUUCAUGGAAGAAUUGAAACUCACCUGGAAUGAAUUUGAACAACAAUACGAUUUUAAUCCCAAUUUCAUUGAUAUGAACAAGACACUAUCAAUAUUUGAAAUUAACACUAAACCUUGA